UCAGUAAAAUCUCAGACUGAUUUACAGUGUACCUUGUUUUCUUACUGCCGGCUGGACAGCAGAAUUGUUGGGUACCACAAAACCCUGGCGAGGAGCCCUGUUCGUCCCCAGCUGGAAGAGCCCGGGGGCUGCCAGGACGUGGGGUAUAUAUUAAUGGUGCUGGAAUGGGUGAGCAUAGAUACAGGACUCCGAGCAGCAACUGCUGAGAACGCAACAGCCGCAGCCAUGAAACUGCUCAUCCUCACCGCCUUCCUGUGCAUGGUCGUCCUGGUCCUAGGGCGCAGAGACCCUGACCCCAGCAGUGCGGCCGAUUCACGCAGCGCUGAAGCUUUCAUCUCCAGACAAGACUCCGCCAAUUUUGCUAAAAGACACAGACGCAGCAACAUCCACAACCUGGUACGCGCCCCCGUGGUGAGAUCCCCUCUGGAAGCUAAGAGAGAGGUCUGUGAGCUGAACCCCAGCUGCGACGAGCUGGCAGAUCACAUCGGAUUCAAGGCAGCAUACAGACGCUUCUACGGCCCAGUGUGAGGAGACGCUGACGCCCACCCCCAUGUUUGUCUUAUAUACAGCGCCCUAUACUCACUCUGCUUACUUCAUGUGGCUGUACCUAAUAGGGUCUUUACCUCAGGGGCACUUCUGGGGGGGUUCUAUUGUAAAUGUGAGCUUUGAAGCUAAGGUAUAAAAUACCAGGGGCCCUUUUGCAUGUGUUUUCCAGGGGGUGCAGGGGCUUGGUGUGGCCCCCAGAAAUUGGGCGAGGGUUAGGAGGACGGUUGGACAGAUAAUAUAGGAGGGAAUACAGUGUUUUGUUCUAGUCUGCAUUCUCCUGCCCUGUGCCCCCUCUUUCCCCAUUAUUAUAUCAGUGUACUCGUAUCUGUGCGCCCAGCCUCUCCUGCCCGGAGCCUCCCCGCCAGGUACACGGGCUGCACUCUCAUUACUGUCAUCUACAAUGCCGGAUGUGGCCAGGAUAUGGGUGUACUGGCAGGGAAGGGGUUAUCAGGCUACACCAACAUGGAUGAUGAUGUUCAGGAUAUGAUGUUAUAUACAUGUAUUAUAAUGACUGCGAUAUCAAUAAAGGUCACUUAUAUCA